GCUCUCCUGAGGGGCUGGCGGCCCUAUCCGGGUUCGCUCAUGGCUGUCGAGGCUCUGCGGGAUGCGGGUGGCAGUUUCCGCCACGGGACUCUCCGGGGCUGACCGAGUCAAGGGAGCGCCCGCUUAGCUCGCCGGGGCCUGGCUUGUCUUGCCUCCGCGCAGCCGAGGGACAUGAGCUGGUUCAACGCCUCGCAGCUCUCGAGCUUCGCCAAGCAAGCCUUGUCGCAGGCGCAGAAGUCGAUCGACCGGGUGUUGGACAUCCAGGGCGAGGAGGAGGAUGAGGGCGAGGGGCCCCCCGGCGGAAUCGUCCCACUCAGGCCCGGCGAGCGUGGAACAAAUUCACUUAUGAGUGGAGGAUGGGAUACUUCUGCCUGGGGGUUAAAUUCUGAUACUGAAGGUGAAACUCAGCCGAUACCCUCUUCCACUGCCAUCACCAAACCAGUUAGAAGGACUGUGGUAGAUGAAUCAGAAAACUUCUUCAGUGCCUUUCUCUCACCGACGGAUGUUCAGAGCAUACAGCAAAGUGCAGUAGUAUCUAAGCCUCCCACCAAAUCACAGCGACCUAAGGAAGAAGUGAAAAGCACGCUACAGGACUCUCUGCAUAGUGGCCCACCAGAAGCAUCCGUAGAAACUGCAGCAAAAGACUUCUCUGUAAUUGCACUAGUAGAACUGGAAAACCUCAGUGAUUCCCAGGAACAGUUAGAAGAAAGUAGCUCAUUACUUGAUACUGAUGACAAGCAUGAUGAAAACAAAACCAAAGACACUGAACAACAGGUGUCUCCUGAGAAUGUCAGUGCAGGAAAGCCCGCUGAUGUUGUAAAAUCAGAUCCAGAAAGUGAUGAACCUGUACAUAUUCCUGAAAUUCCUGCGCAAACUCUGCCCACAGAGACAAAGAAUGCUACCUUGGAAACGAAAGAGCGCAAAAGCGAGGAUCGGCAAAGCAAUACACCUUCCCCUCCCGUUAGCACUUUCUCCUCAGGGACAUCCACAACUAGCGAUAUUGAAGUUUUAGAUCACGAAAGCGUAAUAAGCGAGAGCUCGGCAAGUUCAAGGCAAGAGGCGGCUGAUUCGAAAGCUAGCCUUCACCUGAUGCAAACAUCCUUUCAGCUUCUCUCAGCAUCUGCUUGCACGGAAUAUAACCGUCUCGACGACUUCCAGAAGUUGACUGAGAGCUGCUGCUCCUCCGAUGCCUUUGAAAGGAUAGACUCCUUCAGUGUGCAAUCGCUGGACAGUCGUAGCGUCAGCGAAAUCAACUCAGAUGAUGAACUGUCAGGUCGGGGAUGCAUUUCUGCAUCUGUCACCAUCAGCCCCGUGACACCCAAAAGUGAUGUCACUGACACUGUUCAAAACAAGUCUGAUCAGACUGCCAGUGAGACUCUUGCGCUGCCCGCAGAGGAAGCAGAAAUGGAGGAAAGUGGACGAAGUGCCACUCCUGUUAACUCCGAGCAGCCAGAUGUCUUGAUUGUUCCUGUGCGGAUUCAUGAAGAGGGUGCCCCAAAAGAAGAGGUGGUGGUGCCUCAACACAGUGCUGAAAAGCUGUCCAGCGCAGAGUGCGAAAAAGAAGAACUUUGCAAGAUUAUUGAUUCAUUGACAGAGAAGCUGGAGAUAAGGGAAAAUCGACUGUUAAGUGUCAGCAAAGAGAAGGCAUGCCUUGAAGAAGCUUAUGAUAACCUCAAAGAUGAAGUCUUCAGAAUGAGAGAAGAAAACAGUAGCAUUUCAUCUCUUAAAGAGGAGUUUGCUCAGCGAAUAGCGGAUGCAGAGAAAAAGGUCCAAAUAGCAUGCAAAGAGAGAGAUACAGCUAAAAAGGAAGUGAAGACGCUCAAAGAAGAGUUAGCAACACGACUGAACAGUAAUGAAACUGCUGAGUUACUAAAAGAGAGAGAUGAACAAAUUAAAGGGUUAAUGGAAGAAGGAGAAAAGCUUUCAAAACAGCAGUUGCUAAACUCAAAUAUCAUUAAGAAACUGAGAGCAAAGGAGAAGGAAAGAGACAACUCUUAUUCGAAACAGAGUAAAAAAGUGAAGGAAUUAGAAGAGGAGUUACAGCAUCUGAAACAGGUACUGGAUGGCAAAGAGGAAGUUGAAAAACAGCACCGGGAGAGCAUUAAGCAGCUGAAUAGCUUGGUUGAGCGGCAGGAGAAGGAUCUUAGCAGACUCCAGGUGGAAGUGGAAGAUCUUGAAGAGAGGAACCGGAGUGUCCAAGCAGCCCUUGAUAAUGCAUAUAGAGAUCUUGCAGAUCUUCACAAAGCAAAUGCUACGAAGGACAGUGAAGCACAAGAAGCGGCAUUAAGUCGUGAAAUGAAGGCUAAAGAGGAACUUGGCAUGGCUUUAGAGAAGGCCCAAGAGGAAGCUCAUCAGCAACAAGAAGCUUUAGCAAUUCAGGUGGCAGAUUUAAGGCUGGCCCUGCAGCGUGCAGAGCAGCAAACAGGUAGAAAGGAAGACUACUUACGCCAAGAAAUUGCCGAACUGCAGCAGAGACUUCAAGAAGCAGAGACUCGCAAUCAGGAGCUCAGCCAAAGUGUCACCUCUGCUACAAGGCCACUGCUGCGGCAAAUCGAGAACCUGCAGGCGAACUUGGGAGCACAGACCGCAUCUUGGGAGAAGCUAGAGAAAAAUCUUUCCGAUAGGCUGGGGGAAUCUCAAACUGCCCUCGCUGCACAGGCUGAAAGAGAACGGGCUGCUACAGAAGAACUUCUUUCCAAUAAAAUCCAGUUAUCUUCUGCUGAAUCACAGAAUAGUCUCCUCAGGCAAGAAAAUAGCCGCCUUCAAGCCCAACGAGAAGCAGAGAAAGCCAGGCUCAAGAAACUGGAAAAUGAAAACAAUCGGUAUGAAGUUGAACUCGAAAAUCUUAAAGAAGAGUAUGUGAAAACCGUUGAAGAGGCCAAGAAAGAAAAGAUGCUGCUAGCCACUCAGUUAGAAAUGGAGAAAAUGAAAGUAGAACAGGAAAAAAAGAAAGCCAUUUUUGUACAAGAAACCGCAAGAGAAAAGGAGCGUAAAUUAUUGACUCAAUCAGCAACAGAAACUGUCUCAAGUACUCCAACACUGUCUCGUUCCAGCUCCGUCAGUGGAGUGGACAUGGCAGGGCUUCAGGCCUCCUUCAUGUCCCAGGAUGACACUCAUGAACAUUCCUUUGGUUCAGUGUCUACAAGUGGAAGUAAUCUCUAUGAUGCAGUGAGAAUGGGAGCAGGUUCAAGUAUUAUUGAAAAUCUACAGUCACAGUUAAAAUUGCGUGAUGGAGAAAUAUCUCACCUACAGCUGGAAAUUGGAAACCUUGAAAGAACUCGGUCAAUAAUGGCGGAAGAGCUGGUAAAGUUAACAAAUCAAAAUGAUGACUUGGAAGAAAAGGUAAAGGAGAUACCCAAGCUACGUGUGCAGCUAAGGGAUCUGGAUCAGAGAUAUAAUACCAUUCUCCAGAUGUAUGGGGAGAAAGCAGAAGAGGCAGAAGAACUGAAAUUGGACCUUGAAGAUGUCAAAAACAUGUACAAGACUCAGAUUGAUGAACUUCUAAAACAAAGACACAGUUAAUUACUGUUGAGGUUGCCUCUUGCAUUAAACUUUAGGAAAAUUCAUGUAAAUUCAAAUGAAUUGUAAAGAAUCUGUAUUAUAAAGUGAUUUAUGGUGUAGAGUUCAUAUCCUGGAAGAAUCGUUAUGCUUUCAUGGUGGCCAACUGUUAAAUUAUUUGUUAAAUAUUUAAAAUAAGUCCUAUAUCCAUGGCUUUAUCAAUGCAUACUAAAAGGAAGGAUACCUUACAUGUGUACAGUAGUAUGCAAAUUUGUUGGUAAUAUUAACUAAUCUGACAGCAGGGAGUUCUUAAUUGCAGCUGUUGCAGAAUGUGACUGGAUAAUUCUAAUAGUUAUCUGAUACCCUGAUAUUGAUCUAAAUUCAGGGACAAUAUCUCUUAUUAAAUAUAGUGAUUUCAAAUGACGUUAUUGAAACAAAAUGGAUGAGUGCUUUUAAUAUAUUUUAAAAAUUAACACUUGGAUUUGUACUAUGAUGCUCUAACCAGGUAGAGAUAAAUAUUGUGUUGUCCACAAAGGCAGUUGUUUGCCUUUCUCCCCAAGUACUGAAAAAGAAACCAAAUUCCCUCCUGUUUAGGAAGUAUUUGGUUCCUUGUCCCCUAUGGGGCUUCCAUUCCAAAAAAUUAAUACAUUGCCAUUUAGAGGAGGUUGCUUAGCAUUUUCAGUGGCAUUAAGUUAGAUAGGUGUCAAACUCACGGCCCUCCAGAUGUUAUGGACUACAGUUCGAUGGGAACUGUAGUUCAUAACAUCUGGAGGGCCGUGAGUUGGACACCUGUUAGAUGAUGCAAAACUUACUAAUUUUAUGAGGAAAGAAGGGAACAAGAUUCUUAUAUAUUCACACACUGAAUGAUGGCUUCUCUUUUCCCAUGGUCUGUUUUUUAAAGUGGGUUUGAAUGCCCUUUAAUUUAAAAAAGUGCAUAAAACUGUAGAUGUUUCAGAUUAUCUUCAGUCAUUUAGAAAAGAUUUUAGAAGGUAGAUGUCAAAAAAUAACAGAGAACCUUAUUGCCUUUCCGGAAAUUUAGCCUAAAUGAGACAGCUCACUUUUGUUCGCCCAAUCCACAGAAGGAAUUUGUUCACGGUACUGUCCUACCUACUGUGGUUAAAAAAAUUAAUCCCCAUAAAGUUCACUUCCAUGGCUGUUCUGAGAAAAGGUAUGGUUAAUACCAUAUUUAAAAACCCUUAGCUGCUUCCGGGUUUUUUUUUAAUGUUCUCUUCAGAAAUUGGAAGUUGUGUUUUAAAUGAAACCUCACUUGCUCAUUAAUACAUGACAUCCACUCUGAAAAUAUAUUUCUAUCAGGUUGAUUCUGUCUGUUUUUCAAUUAACUGUUGAUUCUGUAGAUUGAUACCUGAGACAUUUUUCCUAAGUCAAAAUCUGCAGAGUCCUUCACUGACUUCUUCCCCUUGUGAAAAAUGUCCUGCUUGGGGGGAAAAAAAGUCUUGGAUUUCUGGCUGCUGCAGGAAGAAAAGGGGCAAGAAAGUCAGGUUCUCUGGGCCAGAGACAGUUGCGCCUGUGGAAAAACUCCAGUGGAUCUAAGCCAUUGCCUGUAUGUGGGGAGGAGUUCUAGCACCCACAUCUCCCUGAUAUGCUAGUUUUUCUGUGUGUGGGAAUGUUUGACUUGGUAAAGUACUUGAUCAUAUAAUCCUGAUUUAAAGUGCAGGCAGGCCUGCAUAGAGUGUUUUUUUGGCCAAGAAAAAAAAUUGCCAGUCGAUGCUGCUGUGUGGAAAAUUUGACUUAUUUAUACCUUCUAAUAUGAGAACAGAUCUUGAAGUUAGCAGAUAUAAAGAACAAUGUAUUGUCGAAGGCUUUCACAGCCAGAUUCAACCAUGGCCACACAGCCCGGAAAACCCACCAGACCAAAUAAAGAACAAUGUUUUAAAAAUGAACCCAAAGCUGGAAUAAUAUUGAAACUUUUGCCCCUUCUUACAUACAUGAAGUGUAUUUCAAACCAAUGAAAAGGGUGCAAGUAAUUAGUUUUGGAACCCAAAUUUGGGCUCAGUCUUCCCAUAUAACCUCAGCUCUUCAUCAGCAUGCUAAUCUCUUGACAAUCAACAAGUAUGAAGGGUGUUUCUCUUUUGAAGUAUUUAAAGCCACUUGCAAUUGAAAAUGGACAACAUUGCUAUCAUUGGUUUUCACAGAUUCAUUUGCAUAAUAUUUUGCAAGCCCACAUGUAUCUCUGUAGCCUCUAAAAGCAUCUUGUAAGCGUGAACAUUACAUCAAUGGCCCCUCCCACAAAAAUGUGCCCUGGCUGAUCGGCCUCUAGAGUUUUUUGCCUAUAUAUGCAAAACUCUUAAAGCUUUUUUUUUGUGCAGAUAGAGCCAUGGAUGCAAUCUCCCUGUAUUUACAAAAGGAUAAUGUGGAAAGCGACCUGCAUGGCAUUGGUGUAAAAAGUGAUAUGUCAAGAAAGAAAAGAUUUAGUAGUAAACUGGAGACGCAUUAUUUAUACUAAAUAAGAAUACAUUUCUUGAGGAACUGUGUAGCUGAAUCUAUGUUCAGACUUCUGCUCAUUUGCAGCCCCACCGAAAGGGGGGGGGGAUGAAUUUGCCAGUGGGAACCGUAUGCGGCCACACCGGCGGAUUUGCCUUCCCCGGGGCACUUGCCCUGGCAGUGAAUUCAUCAGUGUGCGGCCACAGCGCACUGGACGUUGUGCCAGCAUCCCUGCUCUCCCAAGGCUGCUGACGUAGUGGGGGCAAUCUGGGGGCCCUUUUGGCCAUUGCCACCCUGGCUCUGGCUGUCUGAGCUUAAGAAUUACAUCAUCAAGAAGGUGGUAUAAAGCCCAAUGGGGGUUUCCCAGAAGCGGGGAGGCUUUUUUGCAUUUCAAGCUUCCCCAUGCUGUUGGGAAGCACUCCAUGGGAGUGGCAGGCCACUGUUGCUGCAGCCUGGUGCCCAAACCCUUGAAUUGGGCUGCCCACUUGCUUAGUGUACUUACAUGUUUCUUCCAUUCUUGUGUGCACUCUGUGAUUUUAAAAUUUCCUGUUUUGGGAGGCCUUAAAUUAAACUCCACUUUACCGCAGCAUUUAAAUGUAAGUGUGUGGUCAGAUGGGAGUUUUUCUUCUCCGUAAGUUAAGAAAGCAAACUCUGUUUUGCAUUCAGACAUCGCUGUACAUUGAAGUUUGAUUCAAGACUUCUUAAAUCAGGAAUAUUUCAAUCCUAUCUGCAAAAGGGAAGAGUGUGUGUAAGCACAACAAACAAGCAGAGGUUUUCUUAAGAUCUGAAUAUGGCCUGUCAUUCAAGGCAGGGGCAGGGGAAAGGUCUAUGAGAAGAAAUGCUGCCUUCUACAAAGCCUUCAAGACAUUGCUCAGGAGCUGGUUACAGUAAAUAAAAACUCUUGAAAUAAGAAAAUGGCCUCUGUGCAUUUGGAUUGCGCACAUAAUUGAACCAGAUCCUUAUCCAGUACUGACUGAACAAAUAUUUGAACUCUAUUGAAUUAGCUAGAACUCAUGCCAGUAUGUUUUUACGGUUUUAACCUGUUACUGCUGUGUUAACACGGUUUUCCCUCUUGCUUUACAAGAGAUAGUCUUCAGAGUAUACAUAGUACAUUUUUUUAUAAAGGGCUGUAAAGUAGUUUAAAUAGAGUAUGUACAUUAAUAACCUGUUACAGAAAAGAGGCAGUUGAGUUGAACAAUAAUGUAAAUAAUUUAAAAGUGUUUAAAUCUUGGUCUAAAUAAAAUAUUUGCAUUAA